AUGAAGAAAAUGAGUGUGGUAAAUCUGGAUAAACUUCUAGAUGAUUUCUCUCAUAUAGAAAAGAAAAUAUCAGAACUUCAUGGAGAAAAUAACCAUCUGACUCUGCAGUUGGAAAAAGCAAACAAAUUACUAACCAUCAGCCAAUCACAGGAAGAGUCAGCAAAAGAAGAAUGUGCUACGCUUCAGAACAUGAUUAAGAACCUUCAACAAGUUAUUGAAAACCAGCAUCAUUUGAGAGAUGAAAAUGAGAGGUUGAAGAACACAGCCUGUAUGUUAGAAGAGAAAGUAAAGACCUGCAAACAGGAAUAUGAAAGUCAGAUUGACAGACUUGUGAAAGAAAUUGAAAGCAAGGAAGAGGAGCACAAGCUUGAACAAAAGAAUACUCACUGUGAAAUGAACAAAAGACUUGAAACAAAAGAGGAAGAACACAAACAACUAAUAGAAAAGAAAGAUCUGGAGAUUUCAGAACUAACCAGGCAACUGAGAGAUCAAGAAAAGGAAAAAGAGAAUGAGAUCAUCAAAUUGCAAAUAGAGUUUGAUGCUAAGCUGACACAGUUGCAGAACAGAACACCCAAACCACGUCCUGACCCCAGUGCAUUGCCUCAGAAUAUCUACAGACGGAAGCUUCAGCACUUGCAGGAAGAGAAAAACAAGGAAACUGAAGUUCUCCGCAACACCAUCAGAGACUUAGAACAGCGGCUCAGCAAGGGUCAAGAUGUCCACCCAAAACGAUGGCAGAUUUGA